AUGGGCAACCCUUGGCCGAUUGCCAAGCCCAUUGCCAGUCGGCCGAUACCAGUGCAGCAUCAGCACUUGCAACACCUGCUCGCGCAUUGCCAUCAUCCAUACUUAGCCGGUAAACCGCGUCGCGGCAUGAUGCGCCGUGCCGUGUUCUCCGACCUGCAGCGGAAGGGUCUGGAGAAGCGGUUCCAGGUGCAGAAGUACAUCUCAAAGCCGGACAGGAAGAAGCUCGCAGAGAAACUCGGCCUGAAGGACAGCCAGGUGAAGAUUUGGUUCCAGAACCGUCGCAUGAAGUGGCGAAACUCGAAGGAGCGGGAGCUCCUGGCCUCUGGCGGCUCCAGGGAGCAGACCCUCCCCAACAAGAACAACCCCCACCCCGACCUCUCCGACGCGGAGGCGGACAAGUCGAAAAUGUCGCCUCUCUCGCCUCUGAAUGAAGAGAGCGAUGAGAAGGUCAAAAUUUUCGCCGCCUCCUCUAGCCAAGGCGAGGGCUACCGCUACGACGACAAGAUGGCCGCCGGUGCGGUGUUUUCCCGCGAAAACUACAGCAACAUGGACGACGGCGACGACUUUGACAGCGACGCCAGCGCCACUGAUGAAGAAAUCAACGUGACA